AUGAAUUGUUUGUUUGAUGUUGCUAUGAGGUGAUUUCUGGGUUCAUCUGGUUUUUAGUUCCUUCUGUUGCUCCUGCUUCCGUUCACUGUAAUUGUCACGGUGGUUUUCAAACUACGGGAGUAUGGUUUUGGAUUCAGGGUUCUUUCGGGUGUCAACUGAACUUGGCUUGUGAGUUUUUACUGAGUUGUCUUCUUAGUGAAUAGCACGCCAGAUUUGGGUCUGGAAGUUCCGCUUUUUCAGGCUGGAGAUUUUUUUUUUGAGGAAACAGUAGUUUUCGAUCUGGUUAUUUGGCUCCUUUCAACAUUCAGUAUGAUGACGAAGAAAGCAAUCAAUUCAAUGAAUACCAUGGAUUCAAUAUUCAUUCUUAUUAAACCACUAAGUAGUUUUUUUUUCCAGUUUUCAGUCAGUUGUCUUCAUUUUUUUGAGCUAAGGCUCCGGGAAAUUUGCGGAUUUUCUACCCAGUUUGCUUUGAUCUGCUGUUCUAUUUCAUGCGACUAAAUUCUGUAUUACUUGUUUAUUUUUUUAUUACAGAUUCUGUCUGUAUUAUUAUGAACGUGAUUAUUUACUGGCAAUUUACCUUGAUUAUUGUUGAGUAUAUGAUGAUUGAGUGUUUGAUUACGGUGAACUAUGCUAGUAUGUUUGGUUGGUUUUUUGGGUUCUCGUUGGAUGCCGUCUUUUCUAUUACUUCCUACUCUGAAGUUUGGAUUACUUUAUACGCUCAAAUUUUAUGCAGAAGUAAAUUUUCGUUCCUUCACUGGCUUUCUGGAGAUUUUAUGUCUGGACAGAAGAGAAUUUAGGAAAUAAGAAAUAUUUAUGAGCUUCUAAUACCUUAUUCAUCUGCAGUUUUUAAUCUGUGGGACGAAUAAUUUAUUUGGGGAGGUAUUGGCAUUCUUCGGUAUACAUGGAAAAUUGGUUUCAGUAGGAAAAUUCCCAUUUAAUUCGUACACUGAAAGGGCUUUAUGACUUUGGAGUUUCAUUUAAAUUCAGUGGCCAUGGAUCCUACCCUUGUUAAAUUAAGGCAGGGUUGAUGAAGCUCAAUGAUUUGUCCAAAAGGAGCACAGGAAGCUCCAGUGAACUCUUUACAUUAUUGUUAAGCAAUCUUUCGAAAGGUUUCUUUCCAGGAGACGUUAUAAGAUACUUUUGUUAGUGUGGCUUUGGUGUAAGAUUUGUGCAACCUUGUCCUGGAGUAUAGUGAAAAUGGACAGAUCAGACACAUCGGGUUUUGUAAGUGGUGGAGCUUCUAGAUUGGAAUUUCUUCCUAGUCAUUUAUCUCUGAUGUAUAUGUAGAACUAGAUAUCAGAGUAGCAUGUGGUGAAGUGUUCUGCUUAGUUCAACCUUUUGUAGUUGUAGUGCACAACAUCUGGAUAAUGGAUCUUAACAAGACAGCUGUACUGUGUCCUGUUGAUGCUGAACUUGGGAAAGAUGAUAAUUUUGGUGAUACUGCAUUAUGUUUGAACGGCCUUACGUUGGGAAAAGCCAAUGGAACCAAUUACAGGCAUACUGGGAGCAAUCUUGGGAUGAAGUUUUCCAAUGCUUUUGAUGAUGGUUGCAGAUUGGUUCUGGGAUUGGGCCCACCACCAAGGGCAUAUCAUGAUGACACCUGCACUUUGGGGCUUAAUAAGAAGAAAGAAUUCGCCACCCAUUUUCCUCAGCUUAUGCCAUCGGAGGGUGAUUCAAUCUUGCAACUUGGUCUUUCUGGAGGAACUAAUGAUGCAUCUAGUGUGAUGGACUACUCAUACUCAGCGGAGACUGAUGUAAACAUGCCAUGUCUUUCGAGCCAAGCAUCUGCUGGAAAUAAUUAUUCUAUGAUACCUGUUGUUGACGAGGGUUCUACCUCAGCAAAGAAAUCAGGUGGCUAUAUGCCAUCACUUCUUUUGGCUCCAAGAAUGGACAAUGCCAAAAUGUCAGUGCAGAGACAGGAACUGCAAAUUCUUGGAACAAAAACCCAGCUUUACCAGGAACUUUCCAAUGGCACAAGGUGCUCCGUUAGCACCAUGUCUGGGUCCCAGGCCACAAUGGUGGGUUCAGAGAACCGCAUGAGCAAUCCAAAAAGAUGCAAAUUUUUUGGCUGUACAAAGGGAGCACGCGGUGCUUCAGGCCUUUGUAUUGGACAUGGGGGUGGUCAGAGAUGUCAGAAACCAGGGUGCAACAAGGGUGCUGAGAGCCGCACUGCUUACUGUAAGGCCCACGGUGGAGGGAAGAGGUGCCAGCAUCUUGGGUGUACUAAAAGUGCUGAAGGGAAGACAGAUUAUUGCAUAGCACAUGGUGGUGGCAAUCGUUGUGGGUAUCCAGGUGGGUGCACUAAAGCUGCAAGAGGUAAGUCAGGACUUUGCAUUAGACAUGGAGGAGGUAAGAGAUGUAAGGUAGAAGGUUGCACCAGAAGUGCUGAAGGGCAGGCUGGUCUGUGCAUCUCUCAUGGGGGCGGACGCCGUUGUCAGUAUCCGGGAUGCACUAAGGGCGCACAAGGGAGUACCAUGUUUUGCAAGGCACAUGGUGGUGGAAAGCGUUGCACUUUUCAAGGUUGUACCAAAGGUGCUGAAGGGAGCACCCCAUUGUGCAAAGCACAUGGUGGAGGGAAGCGCUGUCAUUUCAAUGGAGGUGGUAUAUGUCCUAAGAGCGUCCAUGGAGGCACAAACUUUUGUGUUGCCCAUGGUGGUGGAAAGAGGUGUGCUGUGCCAGGCUGCACCAAGAGUGCACGAGGCCGAACUGAUUGCUGUGUCAGGCAUGGUGGUGGGAAACGGUGCAAAUUUGAAGGGUGUGGAAAGAGUGCACAAGGUAGCACAGAUUUCUGCAAGGCUCACGGUGGAGGGAAGCGAUGCAACUGGGGAGAAGGAAAAUGUGAGAAAUUUGCAAGGGGCAAGAGUGGUCUGUGUGCAGCACACAGCAGCAUGAUGCAAGAGCGUGAAACUGGCAAGGCGAGUCUGAUUGCACCAGGACUCUUCCAAGGUCUCGUACCUUCUGCUUCUGCUGCCUGCAGCAGCAUGGACAACAACAAUUCAUCUUCAGGAGUAAGUGUUGUGUCUGAUUGCUAUGAUUCCAUGGAAAAACCUGCUAAAAGACAACACCUUAUACCAGAAGAGGUUCUGGUUCCACUCUCAAUGAAAUCACCGUCAUAUUUAAGCUUGUUGAUAGCCAAGAAGCCAGAGGAAGAUAGAACUGGGCAUGUUGCUGCUGUUGGCUGCAGUGGUGUGAAGAAAGGCCUUGAUUUUAGCCUGCCAGAGGGCAGGGUCCAUGGUGGCGACCUCAUGUUGUACUUUGGAGGGAGUCUCAAGAACGCACUUGACGGUGUUGAAGGGAGUCAGUCUAGUGACUCAAGAGAUGUAGGUUGUCGUUCUAGGAUCCAGGGACGUUUCGUGCUUGGAUUUGUGUAUAUUGUUUGUGCUUGUUCAAUAAAACCUCGUGUAUAGACUUCAGUUUGUUGUCGAUGGUUAGGCUUUAUUGUUUGUGGGUCUUCAUACAUGUUGUGGAUUUCAUUCUUCGUGGUAUGGUGGGCCAUGUUAAAAAGUUCCUAUAUCCAGCUUGCUGCCUUGAACAGCAUAAUGUUUAAAUGCCUCAAUUUAUGUUCUUGCCACAA